CAAAUAGUGAUAUCAUAUAAUGGAGGACAUAUAUGCGAACGUUGAAAACGAACCGUCUGUUAAGACAAGACCUUUAGGAAUGGAACCAGGGCCCAGGAGCUCAGAGAGAUCACGUCAUGGAGCCGUGGUCCUGGGUCUGGUUCUGCUGAGUGUUCUGCUGCUCGCUGGGCUCAUCUGCCUCGGUGUCCACUACCACGAUGCUGCUGCACAACUCUCCACCAUCAAAGCCAACGUCACUGAUUUAAUGGAGGAAAGAAACCAGCUGAAGACCAACAUCACUGAAAUGCAGAUGCUGCUCAAGCAGAAGAAAGCGUGUCCUGAUGGAUGGAGGAGGUUUGGCUGUUCCUGUUACCUCCUCUCCAGUCAGUUUGGACCUUGGACAGACGGCAGAGACGACUGCAGAAGCAGAGACGCACAUCUGGUGGUGAUCGACUCCAGUAAAGAGAGUUGUGUCUCCCCAUAUUUUUAUAUUGCGUUGAGCUUGUCCUGGCGUUCCCUCCUGGAAGAUCUGCUUCAGAGCGCCGCCAGCCAGCUCCUGCAUCACCGCUUCACUCUUCUCCUCGAGGGCCUGAAAAUGCUGCUCCUACGCCCGGAGAGCAGCCCAGAGGGAAUCAAGGCCGUCUGGGUCCAUUUCUGGCCAGAUUCAUGUAGAACUAAACCUCUGUACUUCAGUCUGUCGUCAGCGUCUGCUUUGAGCCUCGUGUGGCACAAGACGACCUCCUGUCAGACCAUAAAUAAAUCCUCAGACGACCUUUCAGAUGACAUGGAUGAUGUUUAUGUUACCAUGGAAUGUGUGAAGUCCAUUGACUCGAGGCCCCCAUCGAGUCAGACAAGUGCUGGGAGGUUUCACGGAGCUCUUCUCAUCCUGGGGCUGCUCAAUGUUCUCUUGUUGUCUGGACUCAUCGGACUUGGCGUCUGCUUUGUAGAAGUCUCCAGCAUCACAGCCAACCUCACUGAGCGUCUCCAGGACAGUAACAAGCAAGUGUUCUCCCUGGAUGAAGACAGAGAGCGGCUCAGGGCCAACCUCUCUGAAGUCACUGAGGAGAGGAACAAGCUCCGCAGACUGUUUACACAGAGAUGGACGAUGUUCAACAAUUCCCUGUAUUUCCUCUCUAAUGAGCCUGGUUCUUGGACCAAAGGCAGAGACGACUGCAUUAAGAGAGAAGCACAUCUGGUGGUGAUAGACAGCGAUAAAGAACAGAGGUUCGUGUCUGGAUUAACCAAGGAGGCAGCUUGGAUUGGUCUGACUGACAGGGACAGAGAGGGAACGUGGGGAUGGAUCAGUGGAGCUCCUCUAACUGUGAGAUACUGGCAUAAGAACCAGCCUGAUGACGGUGGUAAAGGUUUGAUUAAAGAGGACUGUGCCCACAUCAGUGCUGUAACUGCAGAAUGGAAUGAUCUGACCUGUGAAAGGUCUCUGCUGUGGAUCUGUGAGAAAAGAUUGGAUUGAAUCCAAUCCAUCAUUGAUAAAAUGAUUUUAGCCCAUGUUGGUUAAGGAUCUAACUUUUAAACUGUGUAAAAUUGGACUCAGUAGCUGUGAGUAGUUAAGUAAGUUGUGCUCUGGUAGAAUGAUAUUAGUAUGAUUUGCUCAAAGUCUCACUGACAGCAUAAUGUUAAGAUGUAAGAAAGCAGUAAACUGUGAUCUCGUCCCGCACCAUCAACAAAACCCAAGUUUCAAGGUCUGUUUCAUACAAUUGCACGUGAAGGAUCCAUGUUGAGUCUCAUGAACUAAAAAAAGUAGCUGGACAUUAAAAAUGCUUGGCACUGAUCUGAGGGAGGUCAAAUUUUAGGUGGUUGAACUGUUUGGGGUGAGGGGUCACUGUAGGUAACGCACUGUCACUGAGUUCUCUUAAAAAAGGAAGUGUUUGUUUAAAUAAAUGUGACAUUGUAAUUUCCUGAUAAAGAAGUGGAACUGAGAAUUCUCACUUAAUAUGUACGGAAGAACAGCAGCUUUUAACCUUUGACCUUGCUGCCCUUUCAUUGUCCUCAGGACCCAGGUACCAACAUGAUACUACGUUAUUUGAGCUCAUGUGAUUAGUUUUCUCGCCAAGGGAACAAACUCAAGGUCCAUAAGAAUCAUCCAUAAAUGAAAUAAAUCACUUGUUUGAUUUCAGUACAUUAACAUGUAAAAAAGUCAACAAGGAUGAGCAGGUAAAAAAUCACAUGCAUCCACAUCAACAGCUCACAGCCAGUAACAAAACGCUGUACUCACUGUUAAGCUUUUAUUUUGAUAGGACACAGUUUGACGUUUCUCCCUGUGUUCGCGUGGGUUCUCUCCGGGUUCUCCGGCUUCCUCCCACGGUCCAAAAACAUGCCCUAGGUUCAUUGGUCACUCUAGAUUGCCCGUAGGUGUGAGUGUGUGUGGAUGGUUGUCUGUCUGUGUGUGUUGCCCUGCGAUGGACUGAGACCUGUCCAGGGUGGACCCCACCUCUCGUCCGUAGAUAGCUGGGAUAGGCUCCAGUACCCCCACGACCCCACAUGGGAAAAGGCGGUAGAAGAUGAAUGAAUGAAUGAAUGAAUGAAUGAAUGAAUGAAUGAAUGAAUGAAUGAAUGGAUGGAUGGAUGGAUGGAUGGAUGGAUGGAUGGAUGGAUGG